AUGGAUAAAUCUUGGGUCUGGUUACCAAGGAAUAGCCUUGAGUAUGAGAAAGGAGCUAGUGAGUUUGUGUCUUCUUCAUCAAAACGUUUAGGUGAUCCAGAUGAAAUGUUCUGCCCUUGUGUUGAUUGUCGCAAUGUCUGCCACCAAUCUAGUGAGAAAGUUUUCGAGCACCUGGUGAUUAGAGGAAUGGAUGAGAAGUACAAGAGCUGUAAGUUUUGGUCUAAACACAGGGAAACAAGACCUGAUAAGUCAGCUAAUGUGAUCUGGUCUGAAAAUGAGGCUUACGACUUGUUCAGAACAACCUUCAUGCGAAGUCAAGGCAGCGAAGGAUACGCAGAGGAGAAUGCUGGAGUGUUUGAGGGCACUGAUACGCCAGAAGAAGUUGAGUUUAGAAAGAAGUUAAAGGAUGCAGAAACUCCGUUGUACCCAAACUGUCUGAAAUUUACAAAGGUUGCUGCAAUCAUGGGACUUUACAGGAUAAAGGUGAAGAGUGGGAUGUCUGAGAACUAUUUCGAUCAGCUUCUGUCCCUAGUUCAUGAUCUGCUUCCCGGUGAAAACGUUCUACCUAAGUCUACAGAUGAGAUGAAGAAGUUUCUGAAACAGUUUGGUUUUGGGUAUGAUGUCAUCCACGUCUGCAAGAAUGACUGUAUUUUGUAUAGAAAAGAGUUUGAGGAUGCAGUCAACUGUCCAAGAUGUAGUGAAUCAAGAUGGGAGAAGGAUACGCAGACUGGUGAGGAGAAGAAAGGGAUUCCUGUUAAGGUGCUUAGGUAUUUUCCGAUUAAAGACAUGUUCAGGAGAAUGUUUAGAUCAAAGCGGUUGGCAGAGGACUUGUGUUGGCACUCAACUAAUGCUUCUGAAGAUGGAACUAUGCGUCAUCCAGUAGAUUCAUUGACUUGGGCUCAGAUAAACAACAAAUGGCCAGAGUUCGCUGCUGAAGCAAGAAACCUAAGACUAGGAAUUUCAACAGAUGGCAUGAAUCCGUUCUCUAUCCAGAACACGAAGCAUAGCACAUGGCCUGUUCUAUUAGUCAAAUACAAUAUGGCUCCGACAAAGUGUAUGAGGUCCGAGAACAUCAUGUUGACAAUGUUGAUACCUGGUCCAACCGCACCUAGCAACAACAUUGAUGUAUAUCUACAGCCAUUGAUAGAGGACUUGCAUGAUUUGUGGACAGAAGGUAUGGAAGUUUAUGAUUCGUUUAAGAAGGAGAGUUUUACACUUAGAGCUAUGUUGAUGUGGAGUAUCACCGACUAUCCUGGUUUAGGCACAUUAGCUGGGUGUAAAGUGAAAGGGAAGCAAGCGUGUAAUGUCUGCGGGAAGGGUACACCUCAUAGGUGGCUAAAGUUUAGUCGCAAACAUGUUUACAUGGAGAACAGGAAGCGGCUCAGGCCUAGUCAUCCUUAUAGAAGAAGGAAAGGAUGGUUUGACAAUACAGUGGAGGUUGGUACUGCAAAGAGGCUUCAGAGUGGCUGCGAUAUAUUUGACAGUCUUAAGGACUUUAAAAACGAUUUUGGGAAACCUUUACCUAAGAAGAGUAAGCAAAAAAGGAUAGAAGGAGGUGAAGAUGAUGUUCUUUCAGCUGACGACCGUGAGGAAGAUGAUGAUCUGUGGCGGUGGAAGAAAAAAUCUAUUUUCUUUGACUUACCUUAUUGGAAGGAUAUGCCUGUGAGGCAUAACAUCGACGUCAUGCACGUCGAGAAGAACGUGUCUGAUGCGUUGUUGUCUAUACUGAUGCAUAGUGCGAAAUCUAAGAAUGGACUGAAAGCAAGAAAUGAUUUAGAAGAGAUGGGUAUUAGAAGCAACUUACAUACACAAGCUAGGGGGAAGAAAACUUACUUGCCUCCAGCUGCGUAUUGGCUUUCAAAGGAAGAGAAAAGAAAGUUCUGCCGAAGGUUAUCCAACUUCAGAGGCCCUGAUGGAUACUGUGCCAAUAUAGCUAACUGUGUCUCACUGGAUCCUCCUUCUAUUGGCGGCAUGAAGUCACAUGAUCAUCAUGUUCUUAUGCAGAAUCUCUUACCAGUAGCGUUGAGAGGUUUACUUCCAAAAGGACCUCGGAUAGCAGUGACUCGCAUAUGCAAUUUCUUCAACAGACUCUGCCAACGCAUUCUUGAUCCAGAGAUGCUACUUGCACUAGAAACAGAGAUCAUGGAGACAAUGUGCCAGCUAGAGAGAUUCUUCCCACCUGCAUUAUUUGAUAUCAUGUUUCACCUUCCACUGCAUCUGGCAAGAGAAGCACGCUUGGGUGGCCCUGUUCUCUUCAGGUGGAUGUACCCAUUUGAGAGGUAUAUGAAGACACUUAAGGCAUAUGUGAAGAAUUUCGCAAGACCUGAAGCUUUUCCAGUAGAAGAAGCAACUACAAGAAAUGAUGAUGUAGAGGCGACUCAAAAUGUACUAGAAGGCCGUCCACUGCACAAAGCUACAGAAGUCACACUUACUGAUAAGGAGAGAGAUAUAGCUCAUCGGUACAUCCUCAUGAAUACUGCAGUCUUGGAUCCUUAUGUUCAGUAA